AUGUUAUCUCAAGAGAAGGAAACCCCCCAGGAGCCCCCAGAUCUUAGCCAGGUGUGGGAAGCAAAAUGUGGGGGCAGCCCCGCCCGGGGGCCCCGGGCCGCUCUCCAGCCGGACGGGGAGAUGCAGGAGGCCGACGGGGGCAGCCCUGCGGCCGGGGCCCGGAGCCAGCGCAAGGCCAGGGGGGCCCCGGAGCAGCCCCCGCGCCGGCCCAAGAAGCGCUACAGCCGCCACGCCAAGCCCCCCUACAGCUACCUGGCCAUGAUCGCCCUCGUCCUCACCGCCGCCCCCGGGAAGAAGCUGAAGCUCGCCCAGAUCACCCAAAGGAUUAGCACUUUCUUCCCGUUCUUCAAGGAGAGCUACCAGGGCUGGAAGGAUUCCAUCAGGCACAACCUGUCGGCCAACGACUGCUUCAGGAUGGUGCUGAAGGAUCCGUCCAAACCAAAAGGAAAAGGGAACUACUGGACAGUAGACGUGGAGCGAAUUCCCCCAGAAGCCCUGAAGCUCCAGAACACGGCCAUCUCCCGCCAAGAGGAAGUGACUUUCGCCCCCGACCUCAGCCCCUUCGUGCUGCAGGGCCAUCCCUACGUGCCUCCCGGUGAUGCUCCGGAUCCCCAGACGCCCCUCCCAGCCGAAGCCCACCCCAUCAAGGAAGAGGAGACCCCCGAGCCUCCGUGCAAGAAGGCCUUCACCAUCAGCUCUCUGCUGAACCCGCCGAGCGAAGAUGGAAGGGCCGAACCCAGCUCCCCGAGCUCAGAGGGUGCCUCCGUCGGCCGCCUCCACCCUCCUCUUGGUGAGGGUGGCCAAGAGGGCCCCUGCCCACCCGCCAGCCCUCCCCAGCUGCCCCCCGCCUGCAGCACAGACUGUUUCCAGUUGCCUCCUUGGCACAACCAUGGCACUUUGUCCCCGGCUGGGGGUCCCUUGCCCCUCCCCACCUUUGUCACCAUCCCGGCUUCACUCAGUCUCCCCUGUUGCACUUUGGGACCUGCUCCGUACAUGAGUUCUCCUUACUGGAACUUGGUGACGGCUCCCUACUCUCCCCACCCAUAUCCAGGUCUCGCCCCCGGCCCACUGGAAGUACAGCAAGCUGGCCGGGUGCCGGAUGCCUCCUGGCUAGCCCCUCUGCCUUGGGUGGUCCCCUUCCAGCCCCUGCCCCCUCACCAUUACCCUUUCUGAGGGUGCCCCAUUUCAGAGGAAGCGGGUGGCAGAUACAAGUGCACAAAUCCCCUUAUUUAUUUAACUCUCUUAUGCCACGGUUUCACGAGUUGCUUUUCCUGGUGGGCUCCCUCCUUGGGGGUCCCCUUUCAACGGUUUACAACAGGUGAGCCAUGCCUGCACAUAGAAACUUUUAUCCUCAUUGUGGGAGCCGUUCACAAGCCCAGCAUCCACUUCCUGGCCUUGUUCCUGGGGUCAGUCAGAUUGGGAGCUUUGCCACUGGUUACUUCCUGGGGAGGGGGGCAUUUUCUGGAUGGGCGGUUUGCAGUUCCAACUGUACCCAGCAGCCUGUCCCGAGCACGUAAGGAGGAGGGUGGGCUUUUUGAUGGUGCUGAUUU